AUGGGUCUUAUCACUUGUGCAAUUCUGAAUAUUUUAUGGUGUUGGACUGUGAUUGAAAUUGUACCCCAACACUGUACACCAAUGAUUGAAACUAACCAGUCUUCUCAUUCUCCAGUUACAUGCAACUCAUUAGAAAGUGCAAAAGAAAAUGGAGAAAUCUCAACAAAACCACUGAUAAGAAUCAUGCGCCAUAAACAUCUGUCUUUCUUUUGGGUGUCCAAAGUUGUUGAAGUGUUUAUACUAAUAAGCAUUACUGUCUCUUUUCUGACUAUUGGUAUUGGCAUGCAUCAUAUGAUUUCUGGCAUUGUUGAAUCCAAUUUGUCAGCCUGUUUUUUAUCAAAAUAUACAGAACAAUCCCCUAAAAUUGUGAAUAUUGGCAAAAAAUGUAUUUCAAGUUUUCUCUCAUUAAUACUAUUUGGAAUAAUAUUUAUAAAUUCUGUGUUGAACCCAAAGGGAUUUCUUGAUGUAAUUGAGAAAUACACAUCAGUUGUCGCAAACAUUGAGAAAGUUUUAGUUUUUAUGAUGUUCAUGGCUACAAGAAACAAAGAAAAUAACAAAGUGAAGAUUCCUCUUCCCUUAUCCAACAUGGUGAUGCCUUUCAUCUUUCUUCUUCCUAUAUAUUUUGGAUUUGCCAUUGGCUAUGAUAUUUAUUUCUCAGUUAUGUCUUAUUUGCAUCAUGAAACAGACGAGUCACAUCUACCUGAACUUCAACAACAUUUGCAUCACAACUUAUCUCUUUUGAAUGUUUUUUCACCUCUUCAUGUUAAUGUAACAUGCUAA